UAGUGCUUAUCGAAUGCCUGAUAAGCAGACAAACCUCUAAUAUUCUAGUCAAUCAGUCGUGAAAUGAGGAUCAUGUCAAAAUGACACAAAACUACAAUAUAUCUAAAGUUGAUUGCCCUUCACCCACGGCAACUAAUCCGUCGGGACAUCAAAAUAUAUCAGGGAAUAUUCUAGAUGACGAACUUUGUUUACCACCGAUCUAUACAAGUCCUUCUAUCAUCACAAUUCAGCCUUCCAGUUUAAGUGAUGAUCAUCGAUCAUCCCGACGGCCUAUUCCAAUCGCCGCCUUAGAUUGGAUUUCAACGCCACGAUCGCAACUAAGUAUCUUCUCUGGAAUAUAUUUCUUAGCUAAUGUCGAACAACUGGAAAUUCAACAAGUAGUAGACUUAAAUACGUUACUCGGGCGAUCUGAGAAUGGAUCGCAGUAUCGAGUUAAAGUAUCCAGAGCGGAGACAAUAUUUUUAGCAAUUGAAGAUUCCCAAGCUUAUCAGCGUAGACUUCUAAGAUCCUCGAGAGAGUUAACUCUUAACGUUAUGGACACCUCGGGAGAAACUGCUUUCAUUAUUAAGAAAAGUUUGAGUUGUGGAUAUUUGCCUGGAUUUUUGCCCAAGAUCACGGUCGAGUCCACAGAUUUUAUUGGCAGCGUUGAGCAAAAUUUCACGAUUAUCGGCAUCAGCUUUACCGUCUAUAAUGAUUCAAGAACGCCAAUUUGUUACAUCAAUGGGCCCAAUGUAUAGUCCAACGAAACACAGUUUCAGAUAGUAUCCGUCGAUAAAAGCCAUCAAAUCGCCUCGCUGAUACGUCAUUGGGAUCAUGUCCUCGUGGAUUAUUCCGUGCUGCUCACUUUUACAUCGGACACCAGCGUUAAGCUUAAAGGAUUACUCCUCGGUGCUGCAUUUCUUCUGGACUUUCUAUUCUUCGAGCAGCAAAGGAGGUGACGAGCAUCCAUAUUUAUUACGCACUCUGUAAACAUAGAAAAAUACUAUCAAUUUAUUAAUAAAUUGUAACAGCCUUUGCAUUAAA